AUGUGCUUUAGUUGCAACAGAUUUUACAACCUCAAUGAAAGAAAGCCGAUUGCUUUGCCUUGUACUGAUGCCAUUUGUCUACAAUGCUACUCAAUGCAAAAGGAUUCUGUUUAAAACAACCAAAUUUCAUGUCCUUUUGACAACUCUCAUCAUUUCGAUAAAAAGGUGCAAAUCCAACCAUCUGCUUUCAUUAUAAGGCUACUUUAGCAAUUCGACUACUAUAACAUAAAGUGCGAUGAGCAUUAGAAUGAAAGCGCAUUUGUCUAUUGCAAAGACUUAAACAAAAUUGUUUGUAGCAAAUGCUUAGCUAUAGACCCACAUUCUCAUUACAUCACAGAUAAGACUAGACAUUUCGAAUUUUAAAGAGGAUAUCUUGAAGAUUCAUUCUAAAAAAUGAUUCCUAUUCUCAAACAAGAAAUUGUAAAGAUAGAAAAGCUUUUGGAUAACUACCAGCAAUUCAUAAUGAAAGAAAGAGAUUUUACUGUUUCAUAAUUAUAGGAUCUGAUCAAGUUAAAUAUGCAGAUAUUGUAGCAUUCUUAGAUUGAUGAGCAAAUUAAGAAUAAUUUGAGAGAUAAGUUUGAAAUAAUAGACUUUAUCUAGCCUUUUUCAGUACAAGGAGCAAUUGUUUGCUUUAUUUUAAGCAAUUAUAACUAAGUUUUUGGAGGUUACAUUUCAAAAUCGAUAAAAGAUCGUCAUGGUUAUGGACCACAUAGCGGAGGCUUUUAGUAGAGUGGUCAUAAUGAUGAUAGAGCAUUUUUAUUUAGUUUAUCAAAUAAUAAGGUAUUUAGACAAAUAGAUCGUUUUGAAAAUUCUGUAUGCUCUUACAAAGAUAGAAUACUAUCUUUUGGAAGUUCUGGCCUAGCUUUGUUAAAUAAUUGUAUGAAUAAAUAAGAAAGUUUUGCUCAUUUAGGUUAUGAAUAUCAAACUUUGCCUGGCCAAUAAAAUAAUGAAGAUUUUAAGAAGAAGUAUUUAUCAGGUGGUGAAAAAUUCUAGGCUCUUGAAUUUGAAAUUUACAAGGUCUUGUUUGAUUGA